AAGAUCGCCGCGGUCAGAUCUCUGCUGGUGGGCAGGACUGACAUGAGGAGGACGAGGAGGACAAGAAGAGGAUGACGAUCACAGUCACAUAUGCCGGUGCAGACCCUCUGCUGGACUCGAGCUCAUUCGGGAAUCUCAUUGGGACGCUCUCGCACCACCUGCCCCUGCGCAACAUUCACUGGAGGCCUUCCGUCUCUCAGAACAAUGGAGCAGGAGCAGGAGCAGGGGCAGGGGCAGGGGCAGGGUCCAUCAGGACGAUCCAGUCGCUCGACGUCCGGCUGGAGCCCAUAAGCGAUACGCUGCUGCGCAACAAGCUGAAGCCCGAGACGAGGCAUCUGGUCCAACGCAGCCUUCUCGAGAGGCCCUUCUGCCACCUCUACUUUGUCGUGUGCGACGACAACGACGCAUACCGACACCAUGUCCGCAACAGCAUUCGCGCCUGGCUGGCCACGCUCCAGGCGAGUCCCACCAUCAGCGCAGCCGUCGCAAAGUCUCCGGUGGCCAAUUUGCAGGACGGAGCGGAGAGGCCCGACACGCCAACCAAGGACAAGGACGGCGGAGGAGACGAGUCGGACAAGGCGGUGCCUGAGCAUCUCAUCGUUCUCAUUUCCCCGCCCGAGGGUAGCAAUAUGCCCGCAUCGGCUGGCACACCGGGCGGAAGGGGCUCGCCCGCACCUGCUGCUGCUUCUGCUGCGAGCACGGCCGAGGCCGCGUCGGAGAAAAAGACUGGGCUUGGCCGCUUUUACAGCUCCAGCAGCUCAGCAAAGGGUAGUGUCCUCGACAAGAUCAAGACCGACUUCAAGGCCAACCGCGUCGUCCAUCUCAAUCGUCUUCCCAACCUCUCCUCGCAGACGAGCCACUCGGACCCCACUGUCUUUGCAGAGCUGCUCUCGCGCCUCAAGGAGUCCGUCUCGAUGACGUUUGACUCGGUCAUUGAGGCCCAGAGCGACGUCGUGCGCAGAGAGGUAGCCAAGCGCACCGUGCCUGGCUGGAACUUUUGCAAAUGGAUGGCCGAAAUCGAGUGCGUGGCCAGCACCCUGGAGGGUACCGGCCUGUUUGCCGACGCCCUGACGCGGUACGAGGAGAUCGAUGCGACCUUUUCGCAGUGCAUGCGCGAUCGCAACCUCGCCUUCUUCUCCUCCGUCGGCGGCAAUAGCCCAGGCGAUGAUUCCGCGCCGUUGCUCGACGUGUCCAAGAAGCCGUAUCGUGAUCUGAUUCUGCGAAACGAGAUCAGCCUGUUUGACUUUCGAUGCUACGUCUUUGCCAAGCGGGCCAAUCUCAUGGGCAAGCUCGGCAGGGUCGCCCAGGUCAUGAACGAGGCUCCUGCCUUUCUCGCCGGUGUCGCCCACAUGCUCGAGGGCGAGUCGCUGCCUCGCCACUUUGUCGAGAGCUGGACGUUCAGCUCCUCGCUUGACGUCGUGGAGCAGUGCCAGGCCUGGCUCGUCGAACGGGGCGACAUGUCACUGCUAUCCGGUGACGCUUCGCCCUCGGAAGGUGCAUCACCCUCGAUCGACGGCAGCCUGAGCGCUGCCUUCCACGCGUCCAAGGCCGAGCUCUUGGAUCUUGCCAGACGACAGCUCGACAAGAUCGGCAUGAGUGAAGGUCACCUCCCCAAAGUGUUUCCCUUCCUCCUCUCGAGCCCAAUCGAGGUGUCGAGGAGAAGCAGAGAGCUCCCACCGCUUCCCCUUGAUGCAGAUGCUAGUGGAGAAAGUGGCGGCAAUGAGAAGCAGGUCGCACGCAUUUCGAGGCAGGAGCUGCUCGAUGCCAUCGACAACCGGCACCUGUUCGACCUGCACUAUGUCGCACUUACCGAGCGUGUCGUCGCAGGCUGCAUCAGUGCAGGCCGAAGACGGAAUGUCUUGCGACUCCGCGGUGUUCUCGCCAGCCUCGAUUUCCAUCGAGAACGGUACCAAGAAGCAUACACGACCUUCACUUCGCUGGCUGAGCCCUACGCCGAGGCACGCCUUUCUCGGAUUGAAGCCUCGCAUCUGGCUAAGCAGCUGGCCUGCCAUGCAAAGCUAGGCAAGCCCCACGACCGAGCAUGGGUUAGCGUCAUCGUUGCGCUGCUCAAAACUAGGCCAGGCCACCGCCAGCAGCGCGGCGACAACGCCGAGGAAGGGGCCGUAAACGAGUACCUUGACGAGGCCGACCUGUUCAAGAUGCUCCGUGACCACACCCGGCACUUCGAACAGGAGGUACCUGCGAGCCAAUUCGACCUGCUCUCCAUCACUCCGCUAGAGAGCCUGGCGAGACGAGCAGGAACGGAAGACGGGUCACUGCUGAAGGUGCAGGUCCGGAACGAGGCCGAAUCAACGUUGGAAGUCGACGACGUGCGAGUGUGCCUCUCCAACGGCGAACGCGACCAGCUCUGGCUGACGAGCGGCAAGCUCACCCUCAAGCCGGGACUCAACGAUGUCGAAAUCCAGACACCAACGCCUGCGCCAGGCAAAUACGUCGUCGACGUCUCCCAGGUGCGCUUUUCGCGCGUCAUCUUCCAGUACUCGUACCCGCGUGGGCCACUCGACGCAACCUUUGUCGACGUGCCCCAGGAUGGCGAGGCGCUCGACGCAUCGAUGGCUUUGCCUAAGAGCAUCAUGCUCGAUCGCCAGAGGCUUGUUCUACUCAAGAUUGAGACGGGUCGCAACGAUGUGCAAAAGGCUUCGAUCCGCAUAGCCCUUCCCGACGCGCAGAGCCGGCCUCUCAGAGGCUUCUCGGAGGCAUCAACGCAGGCAGAGAGCACCUUUGACGAAGCCCUCCAGACGCUUUCGCUUUCCAAUCUAUCUAAGAACAAGACAUACAUCGUCGAGGUACCACUGCAAGAAAGCCCGACAUCGGCAGACGGCAUCAUCAAACUAUCACUCUCGGUUGACUACUGGACAAAGAAUGCACGGGUCGAAGUGAAGCGGCAGCUGCGGAAGAGGACAAGGCUCACUGUGGGCCUGCCUCUUGGCGUCAAUGUGCAAGACUUUUUCCGGCGGCGGAACCUCAUCUCGAAGUUUUCCAUCAGUGCGGGCCAAGGGUCAAGUCUGCGGUUGGGCAUGGUCAAAUUGAGCGUCGAUGGUGAGAAGGAGGAUGGCAGUAAGCGACAGCUCGAGAUUGUCUCUCCUCUCAGCGCACCGACCCGGGAUACCGUUGUGGCUGCGCGGGAUCCUGCUUCAUACGUCUUUUGCGUCCGACGGCAAGACGGCAAUGGCCAAUCGAUCGAUGACGACACGAAGAGAGACAUGCGACUACGUCUGGCCUAUCGAACACUGCACGAAGAGGCCAAAGAGCUUGUCGAACGCAUCCUGGAAGCAGAGAUGAAGGCCGCUUCGAUGGAUGACCCGCACGUGCGGAGGUGUCUCCAGCGAUUCAUGUCGGAUCUGAUAGAGAGACAAGUCGACAUCUUAGCCUACGAAGAGACAGGACAGGUGCUGCUCCUGGGCGACAAGGCAUUGAACGAGGUGUCCAAAGCGGCUCGGAGGGAUAUGUGGACGCGAUGGGGCGUGACAGACCAAGAGCAGGAGGAGGCGGUGUUGGCAUUGAUUACCAAGACAUUGGCAAAGGCUGCCUCGGAUGUGCCGGGGAAGGAAAAGCUCUCUUGGCGGUCCCUGGAGAUUGUGGUAGAAGUGCCGAGCAUGGACAUCGUAUGCGCCGCAUCGAUCUUGCUUCCCGAGGAAGGAAAAACGUUCGUCGUGGGUCAACCGAUCGAAGCAAAGCUCAGAAUCAGGACGUCAUUCAAUUGGAGAAGACAAACACCAUCAUCAGGAAAGGAAGCAGACGCUGAGGAAAAGGAAGACGCAAUGAAGACGCCUCGCGGUGGCAAGAUGCUCGAGCUCGCUCCUCCGGCAAAGGACAAAUCAAAGCUCUCUUCUGAUGCAGACGACGACGAAGACGAGUUCGAAGACGCUCAUUCCCGCAUCCCGUCUCCUUCCGCUCGACACCGACAGGUCAAGACGAUGAGACUCCUCUAUGACGUUGGCGCUGAUUUCGAGCACUGGCUCGUAAGUGGCAGAAAACGGUGCGCGUUUGAGGUCUCCUCGCAGCAGGAGGAAGAGAGGACGUUCGACGUCGUCUUGAUUCCCGCCAAGACGGGCCAUCUGCUCCUUCCGACUGUGUCCGUCUGGCCCAUCGCGGCUGCGCCCACCUCGACGCCGCCAUCGACAGUCCACCCACAGCCAUACCAUGUGCAGGACGAGGAGGACGCAAGCGGCUCCUUGCCGAGCUGCGAGACAUACGUCGAGAAUGCAGCCCAAGGAGUCUUCAUCAUGCCGAGCCCCAACGAGACAAGGAGGCGGUACUGGCUACCUGCCACGAGUUUUGGGUACGAGCAAGGAGAAGCCUUCGAGCAUCAGCGCCAGCAACUAGCGUACACCUGAUGAUAGCAAGGGACACUGGAAAUAGAAAUUCAAUUGCUCGGAGUGGGAUUCACAGAAAAAUUUG